AUGCAUCAUGCUGACGUGGAUAUUGAAAAUUUCCACUGUGAAUGGAAUGCUGGUCUCUUUGAGGCUGUCAUCAACGCCUCCUUUGGCAUCAAAGCUGCAGAUUCGGCAUUUAAAUUUCGAAACUGCAUUCACGAAAUUGCCGAUAAGGAGGACUAUCGAGUAGACAUGACGUCCAAGCAGCCAACAGGGGAAGUUGGAAUGCAUUUAAACCAUUCUAUUUGGUCUGUCAGAAAAGGUGAGAAUGUUUUUAGUGAUCCGAACUGCCCAAAUGGAUUGUCAGAUUUUGGAAGAUGCUGGCUUGCUGGACUGAUGGAACAUGCAAGAGCAUUAACCGCCUUUUGGUGCCCUACAGAGAACUGUUACAAACGGCUACAUCUUCCUAGGAAACCAGGGACAAUUGACUGGGACUUUGACAACCGUCUGUCUUCUGUGAAAGUCAAGGUAGAUAAUGAAAACCGCGGGGUCUACCUGGAGAACCGCAUCCCAAGUGGCAUGACCAAUCCUUACCUGACACUAGCAGCCACUAUAGCUGCUGGCUUGGACGGCGUCCUCAAAGGACUAGAGUGUCCUCCUCCUCGUCCUGAACUAACAUCUGACAAUCUACCCUCAGCUACAGCUCUACCGUCCUCUCUGUCAGAGGCACUGCAUGCUCUAGAAGCAGAUAAUGAUAUGGUAAACAUCUUGGGAAAGGAUCUUGUCGAUUGGUUUGUUCUCCUAAAAUCUCAGGAAGUCAAUAUGAGAAAGGAACCAAGUAAUGGCUGA